GUUAUCUUCUCCAUAAUGCACAAAAUAGUUGUACCCAAGUACUCUUCUGCUCACCGCUUUGCCACUAAAGCACUCUACCGAGCGCUUCUCCGGCAAUGCGCCAAACUACCAGAUGCUCCAACGGAGCUUAAUGCGUGCAAAUCGCAUAUACAACAUAGAUUCAAGAGAUACAAAGGGCUCCAAAGCCCAUCCCAAACCGCAAAUUCCCUGAAAGCAGGCUAUGAGGCCCUCGAUCUAUUAUACUCAGCGUCGCAAGGAAAUAAAGAUGGCAUUCACCGGAUACAAACCAUAAUAUGCGAGCAUCGAUUGGCAAAGCAACAAAAAGCCGAAUGGCUGAAGGCACUAGCGGAGGCGAGGGGAUUUAAGAUUCCGAGUAAGAAGGAAGUGAAGAAACUAGAGAAUAAGCGAUACCGGGAUAUGACUGUCAGACGACAUCCGGAUGCUGAGUCCGUUCUUUCACGCCCUCGACAAGUUGUCGUUGGGAAGCGCCGAAUUCCUAAACUCGUGAAUGCGCGUGGUUUCCCGUUCCUGCUCUACAAGAAGCCACAGCCGAAAUUUCUCAGUGCUGUGUUAAAUUCGAAGCUCAACAGGCGCUGGAAGAGGAUGGAGCGACUAAAGAGGCUGGAACUCGAGUUGCCAUUUGCUAAGGACGAGGAUGCAUGGGACGCAUUGACCGGCCACGAGGAAGAAGUUACAUGGGCUGAAGCGGUCAAGGUUUCUCUGAAGGAGGUACGAGAAAAGAUAGCAGAGGGUGAUAGGAAGACCAAAGAACUUGCGGAAGCCAUGUGGAAUGUCGUCCUCGAAGAGCGCAAACUGGCCGAAAAAGAGGAGAAGGAACGGGCCGAACUUAUGAAGAAGGCAGAAAGUGGCGAGGUAUAUGAUUUCUUAAUCUUAUAAGCCAUUCAAUGAUCAAGUAUGCAGCUGGC